AUGGGAGUAUAUUCUUCUCCAGAGAAAGCAUUUGAGUUUUGCUGGAGCUCGUUCGCGGAUGAACACACACUUGGCCAAAAUCGAUCAGGAGACACGUAAAAUUGAAUAAAUUUGCAUUUGGAACCCCAUCACUACCGGAUUUAUUAUGUAAACAUUGAUUUACGUUAAUAUAUAAUCAUUAUGGUAGUUCACAACACUUAUUAUCAUUUAUAUUAAAAAAAUCAUUUUCACCAUUUGGAUUGUCCAAAUGUUUUGACGAGCGUUUUAGUUACUGUGGAUAGGAAAACUGCACGCUAUUCAUCGCAUUCAAUACAGAAACGCAGUCAAAAAUCAAAUAUCUUUCGUCUCCUCCCAGAGGUUUUGAAUAGGUCCUGAAUCUAAUUUGUCCCCACAUUUAUAAAAACACCACGCACACACACAGGAGAAGCUAGGAGGGUGAGAAAUGAUUAAAUGGGUCACUUUUAAAAAGCCGGGCCAUAUUUCAUGCAAAAGGUUCGCCAGGAAGGAAAGGGUGAAUCAUAGAAAACGCUGGCUCGCCCUGCAUGGUUGGCUCAAGUAGUCGAGUAACCCUUCUAUCCGCGGCAAAGUUUCUCCAGAUUAAAAACGUUUACACCCUUUGGAUGGUACAAAUGUUUUGACGAGCGUUCUAGUUACCGUGGAUAUGAAAAAAUGCACGCUGCCUAUUUAUCAAUACAGCAACGAAGUUAAAAAUCAAAUGUCUUUCUGCUCCUCUUAGAGAAUAAGGUAAGCCCCAUCACGACGUUUUGACUUUAGACAUCCACUUACCCAAAGGAAAAAAUGUUUUUUUAUUAAGAGGACAUUUGUUACUAAAACCCAUGAAACUGUUUUUAAACCCGUUAUCCUGCCUUUUUUGGUAUAUUUUGCAGUUUGUCAUAUCUUGUUGGACGCAUAAUGCGAAAAGUUGUAUUAGCUUUGUUGAUGCUGGCGAUCCUUGCUGCAACGGCGGAUGCUAAGCCUCGUCCCAAGGUAAGUCAUGAGUUUAGCUAGUCCAAUUGCUGACGCGAAACGAUGUAAGAAAGAUCCCAUCAGCAAAUAAUAAAAUUCUCCGUUUCCGGGCUUUUUAACAAUAAAUAUACGUACAAAAAUAAUAAUCAAUCUUUUUUCAGCCUACUUUACUUAUGUGUUUUACAAUAGGGUCCUGAGAAAACGAAAUAAAUAAAUAAAUAUAAAUGGAAGCAAAACAGCAAUAAGAAAAACUAGUUAAAUAACUAUAAAAAUUACUACUAAAAACUAAAUAUCCUCCCUCAAUCCAACAACACCUAAACAUACAAAUCUGAGAUUAUUUUAAUAGAGGGAUGCUAAAACUACUAAAUAUAGAUAUUUAUAAAUAUAAAUUACUAUAAGGUAGCCCCCCUCCCCUUUAUAAGCUUCUUAAAAGUAAGAAUAUCCCGGCGCAGCUUCUGCGUGUAUCAUGAUUCAAAUCAUUCCAGUCAUUACUGCAUGUAGCAAAAUUAAUUGAUGUCCAAUGGCUCCAUUUGCGCUUAGCAUCAGUCUAACGUAUGUUGAACUUACAUCUGGAAUUAUACUCAUGAAAAUCUUGAUAAUAUCUUAGAUCAAUCCUAGGUGAGAAAAGGUUGUUCCUAUAUUUAAUAUAUAGAUUUAGCCAGGGCUAAAAGCGAAGCUCCCGUUAAUAAAUUCAUAAUUUAAAUCAAACAAUAAACUUGUAAUCCACAGAUCAGGGCACAUUCAUUUGACUUUUGAGGCAAAGGCUGAUUGAUUUUAGAGAAAUAUCAGAAUUUGACCGUCCAAGAGUGAAACAAAUUUUACAUCAAGUUAUUUGUACACCGAAAAAUAGCAAUCAUGUUCGAUCACAGUAGAUUAGGCCUGGAAAAUAAUUAGACCCAUUCGUGUAUUGUCUUUGCAUUAGCAGCAUCCGUAAUGUGGCAUUCACCAGUCUCUCCAACAUUGCUCCGUUAGAGAGACUAUGGAUAAUUGGACAACCCCGAAAUAUAAUUUUAAGAAACACAUGUGCCACGAUAGUCCUUGGUGGCAGCCAAUUUACACGUUGCAUUCCUCUGUCUAAAAGAGAGGCCAAAAUAAAAAUCAGGCCGAAUUUUUUGUGUUCGACAAGUUUAGUUCACUAGUAAAUCUUGGCGACGAACCUGGUGGCGUGUAAACCAGCCUUUUAAACAUACUUUUUCGCAUCACGUCUCAGGUAAACAGUACACAGACCUCGGACAGAAUUUGUUCUUUUUUGCCCAAUUUAAACCUAUAAUUCUGCAGUUUUUCCCAAUUUUGCAAGAGAAUUUGCACUCAUUCAAUAUCCACGACGAUCAAAGCACGCGCUUCCUUUGCACAACAAAUUAUAGCAUUGAAUUAUAAAACGUUUUCUGUUAGAAAAAUCUGGUCCUAUGUGAUAUGCGGGGUAAUAAUUAUGGGCUUUAAUGAAAACGAUAAAAAAAUUCCCAAAAUCACUUUUCGGCCAGCCGGAGGGGUUCGCACUUUUGACAGGCACCAAAUUUGCAGUGCGAUUAAUAGAGUUACCAUUUACGCUUCAACAUGAUAGAGAAAUUAGUAUGUCUAGGUUUUAUUUCCCUUUAUUCAUUAAACUGUGUAUGAUUUUGUUAUGUGUAAUCUUUAAAAGCGAGUGAUAUUUAUGCGCGGCGUUUUGAGUAUUCCUACAUGCGAUGUUUAUGUUCGACUGGAAACAACCGGUGCAGCGAUGAAAAUUGCGAGAGGGACUACUAACAAUCAAUAAAAUAAGUUUAAUUCGGUGAAACAUGUACAGAGACAAUAAUUUUCAUUCACGAAGAGAAGUAUUGAGAGUAAGGUGUCUCAGGAAAUCAUGAGUCAGGCAAGCAUAAGCUUAUUUAUGUUUUAAGCCGGCUUUCCGGUGUUCGCUCGUUUUCAAGAUGAACUCGAGGCAAGAAAAUCGCUCAGAGCUUUCUGUUUACAGACAAAAUCAUAACUAAAUAAUCUUCGGAAACUUUCCUUUAAAUUUGCGGGUCAAAAAAUGUCUAAAGGCUUUUUAAACCUGAUACUAUUGUAGGUUAGAUCAUUGCGGCGUGUUUUAACUUAAGCCGCAUAAACCAUACGCUCGACUUCAGGGAACCGAAACAAAAAAAAACACAUCAAAAACAAUAAUGGCUCAAGCUUACCAGUCGAGAUGCUGCUUCUGAAGGCCAUCAAGUGUUCCAGAAUCGCUUGAGACUUUUCAACCUUCUUACGCCUCAAGCAAGGGCAAGUGAGUAAGCUCAUUUUUGAAAACGAUGCUAUCCGAAUCGGAUUUCCAAUGACUUUGACAAGCGGUGCAUUUGUCAACAAAAAGCGCAAUAAACAAACCAGCCACGAAUUACAGAACAAUCUUGAUAGCAGCUGUAUUUCAUUUUGUACACCAAGUAGAAAAAGACAGUUUAAAACAUCACAAGAUGACACAAAACUCUCUCAGCUCCAGCUAUCACUAAGCAAGUUUCCAGACGCUGCAAAAAAUUUCCCCAUAAACUCACCUGUCAAAUUUUGACCAAUCAGAACAUAAAAAUUGGACGUAGAGCGUGAUCAACGCGUGACAGUGAGAAAAGUCAAAACCGAUUGCCUUCCCUGCAUGUAAAUGUAAAAGCCGGUUGAAUUUUCGUGUCCGAGAUCAGUUCGAAAUCAACAUUUUAAAAGUGCGGCUCAUGAAACACGACUUAUUUCAUAUGCAUUUUAAAAAAAUUGAACUUGAGCCUGCGAUCAUUUGAAAAGUAGCAACUUGUCAGCGAAAACCUUCAAAAUAUUACUCGAACUCAGAGGGUCGAUACCUGAGCCCGCGAUAGGGUCAGGCGAUACUGGUCAGCAGAAACACUGUUUUGACAGCUGUCAAUUAAUCAAAACAUGGAUGUACAAUAUCAGGUCGCAGGCUCCCAAACUAGCUAGAAAGUGUGAGAUUAAACACUGGUAUGCCUGUGGUGCGGACGGACGGAAGGUCGGGUGGUCGGUGUACGGUCACGUGAUUGCCGAAUUUUCUAGGAUGGAUAGAUUUUCUAUAAAGCUACGGGGCUUCGAAUUAAGCCCGUGAUCAAAUAAAAUAUCAGGGCAAAACUUUGAACACUACGUGACCUCAAUAGAUAGAAAAAUGAGCCCGCGAUCCACUCAGGUGAUGAUGGUCAGCGUAUACUCUAGUUUGACAGCUGGCAAUUAACCUUCAUUAGAAUGGCGAAUAUUCGAAUUAACAGACUACGAGUGUGAGUAGGACAUUUCCGUCCGGCAUGUAGUGGAAAAUGCCAGAUCGUGUACCUGAGCGAACCUGAGCCCUCGUUUUUAGUUUUCUGAUAGCGGUCUGCACAUGCCCCAUUUUGACAGCCGUCAAUUGACCUUAAUUUGGCCUGCCAAUGUAACUUUAAACGACUGUCAGCCAACUGACAGCCUUGCCCGGCGUAGUUUCGUUGUUAUGUUGAAUUGGUAAGUGUGACAUAUUAUAUAUAGGGGCAAAACGACUGGUCUUUUAUCUGAGCCCGCGAGACGGUCAUGUGAUAAUUGUCAGCGGAUGUCUGAUUUUGACAGCUGUCAAUCUAAUCGUACUCAUACGGAUGGCUUACAUAACUAAGAGGCUAGUCAAGUUGUGAAAGAUCUAUUGUGACAUUUGACAUCGGCUUACAUGAAGUGUGUGUACGGACGGGCGUACGCUACGUCAUAACCAAAUUUUUUGGGAAGGAUAGUUUACCAAAUUUUCUUACCCAUGGUGCUCCGCUAUAAAUGAAUAUUAAACGAUGCAACCGUCUUCUUAUCUUGAGAUUUACCCAGGAAAGCCUGCCUGAGGCAGCACUUGCAUGCAGACGAUCGAUAAGAAAGGUCUAAGAUGAUACGUGCAGCUUUGGUCUGUAAUACUUGUAAACCUGUAGUGACAUUAAAGACUCAUUAUCCCGAUCCCUCCUGACUAUGUCAGCAUUUUGAUAGUCAAACAAGGGCAAAAUAUAACAAUUAAAAAAUAAAAUACUACAAUGUAAUGGCAAGUUCUUGAGAGCGGCGCCGCGUAACUAUCAACUAGAUGUGGAAAUAGUCAAAAAAUGACCUGGCCUCAAACUCAGCCAGAAUAAAGCCUUUAUGGGCCCUAGUUACCAAAUGGUUGGUUUAAGUGCGAUCGAGUGAAUUUUUUUAACGAUUGUUGUUCCCGAGGCCUAAAAUAGGCAAAAAUCAUGCGAAAUUAGAGUCAAAUUCAGUGGCUCGUAUAUUUUAAAAUAAAGUUGGCUAGUAAAAUACAAGGACACUUCAUAUUUUUACUGUCUUUCCUCUAAAAUUUUAACUAAUUAAUUCGCGGUUUGGUCAACAAGAGAUAUUUUAAGAAAAUGUCAAGCUCGUUGACUCAAAAUCGCUUAAUCAACGGUCAAAACUUAGCACUUUUUCACGAGCCAAAAAAGCGGACGGGCACAUGGCUUUCACCACCAGCGCAUAUCAUUAUUUUUUCUUCAAAUUAGUGAAAUAAAAUUUGGGGGCAAAUGAAAUUACGAGUGCUAACCUGAAGCGAAGCAAAUGCAAAUGUUACUCUAAAAACGGGCGUACAAACGUGACCUCUGAUCCCCCCGGGGGGGAGGGGGGGUACUUCCAGAAAAAUUGGGUGGGGUGUGCUCCACGCUUCCUGAAACCCUUACCCUAUUUCAGACCAAAAUCUGUGUUUUUCCCUACUCUUUUUCAGACCUGAGUAAAAAUUCGAUACCCUAAUUCAGACGGGAUUUUUAACAAAAUGGGUGAUAUCCCUAAAAAAAGCGUUUGAAGUUCCACAUUGCUAUAAAACUAAAAGUUACGAGAAAAUACUGAGUGAAAGGCAGAAUACAUGCAAGUCCAGAGAGAAAAGAAAAAACAACUUUCUGUUCAAAGUCGGCUAAGAAGACUGAAGCAAGAAGACUGAACUUGAUUAAGGUUGUUCAUUUAAGGUGGCUCCCCAGAGUAAAUUGGCGGUGCGCAGCCUGAGCACUACUAUGGCGCCAGCUUUAAAAUCCGCGCGUCGUCCACGCAAAAAUGAAAAAAAAAAUGGCCUCUCAGUUUCGAAAUAUUCCCAACCAAAAAAUUAACCUGUAUUAACUUUCUGUUGAAGCUUAUUGUGCAAAAAGUUUGACCAAAGUAGGUAAAAAAUUCAUGAGAGGAGACAAUGUUACACCGAAAACAAGUCACUAUCGAUCUCCAUAAGAGUAAAUUGUAUGUAAAAACAAAGCAGAAAUUUUCCAAAGACAUCAAUUCUUUAAUUUUGCUUCAAAAGUAGACAAACGUUAAUGGUGAGUGGAAACUUUACUAAGAAAACAAAGAAGUAAAUACACUAACCCAGAAUGAAGCAGUGUUGCUGUUUCUUGCCUUUGGUUCACGGUCAGUGGAAAGAUCGGAAAGAUCGAGACAAUUCCCGAAGAAACACUGAAGAUUGUCUUCACUGGCGGAGCUCCUCUGUCACUUUAUUUCUCGUACAUUUGAUUUGAUUUAAGUAAUUCUAGAAGUGGCUUUAAGAGAAGAUUAAAGGGAGUGUAAACUUUUUUUUUGGUUGUUUUGCCGACUCUAUCACAUUGUUUAAAAUACUUAUCAGAAAAAAGGUUUCACACUAAAUUUGCAUCCUAAUCGAAGGAACCUUUCCAUCGACAAACCAACAUCCUUGUAUUUUUUCUUCUUUCAAACAUCCUUCACCACACAUGCAAGACGCACUAGAAAAUGUUUUUGCACAACGAGAAAUAAUUUUUACUCACAGUUAGUCCCUUGACAAAAGCAAUAGUUGUCCGUCGAGACCUACGGUCUUGUACGUGUAGCUUAGGAAAUGAUGUACGAUUUAUAGAUCGGCGCCAUCUUUUACAGCAGACUUUUAAAGAAAAACGUCGCUGUCGAAAUUAUCCCUAAAGAAGAACAAGGUUGAAAGAAGAGGGCUGACAUUUGAAGAUCUGCAAACAGUGUACAGCAGAUUAGGAAAUGAAGGGCUUAUUGGAAUCCUUGCACAACCACCGUCUUCAUUUCCGACGAUCGCCAUCUUCACGAGUGACCACCACGGUUCGAAUUUUAGCUACAAUGUCAAGUACUUCGAAGAAAACAUCCUGUGUUAGGUAUAAAAUUGAAUCCGCAAUCUCUCCUUUUUGGACUGGCGAGAUAUCACCGUAAUAAUACUAAUAAACGGCUUCAAAACAAUGGCUUUCUUACUCUUUAAAGAAACCACUUGUUUUCGGUAGCUUUGUGCAUUAUGCGCAUGCGGGCGUGAUGGCUUUCCUAGAGGAUAAAACAUCAGCACCUGAAGUUUUCAUUAGCUUUUCGUUCAUCCCUCCUGCACAUUUUGAGACAAGCUGAGUGAUGGUCAGUUGUUAUGGUAAGUUUUAUGGUUACGAGAUAUGACGUCAUAAGUAGCAGGUGGACAAGCCAUGUUUGAGUGAAAGUACAUGUUUUUUCAACUUUUUUCAACAAUAAAAGUAAUUUAUUUAUAAUUCAUUUAUGUGUUAUUUUUCAUGUAAAGCGCAAAAAAAUACCAUUUCUCAUUUUGUUAAGAAGAUCAAAGGCUUUCCACUAAAGGUAAAAUCGUUUCGAAAUACUGCAACAUAUCAAAAACUCCGGGGAGGGGUUCCAUCCACCCCCCCUUCUUGUACCACGGUGGGGGUAUGACUUUGCGUGUACGUCCGAGAGUUAAGGAUUUUCUUUUCAAAUAUUCACCGAAUAUUUGUUUGGAAUUGUUAUCAGCCAAGUGGCUGAAACAUUGCGCAUUUAUGCUAUUAUAGUUCUGCUCCGUUCCAUUUGCCCAAUAAUUUUUUUCAACAAUCUAAGUUAUCUAUAAACAAACUAUGUUUAGUUAAAAUGGCUAAUACUCUAAAUCGAUGUGGCAUGGGUGAUAUAAUUAUUGACCUUCCAAUUUCUACCAAUUUUGUGUACCUUUUAAGUGCCGAAAAAAUGCUGUGAGAAACUAUAGCCGUUCGUAGCUCAGGCUUAACCAUUUUCUGAUAAAAGUAGGUAAAUGCAAAGAGGAAAGGUAUAGUUCUUUGCAGCUGUACGAGUCACGAUUAAGUUAUUUUAAUCAUAAGGCUAGAAUUAAUUAUUGAAAACCUCUUUCAGUUUGCCAAUAAAUAAAUAUUAAAUAGAUAAAUAAAUAAAAAGCUCUUUAUUAGGUUCCAAAAAACAAACGUUCUGGAUUAUAAUAGGCAAUUAAAUAAAAUUGAAGAGGCAUCUAUUAAUAAAACAGCGUUUAAAACGUUCGGUCCUAAUCUGAGAAAGAACAUAGGAAUGACCACGAUUCCUUAGCAAACUUGUUUUAUUGGGUGGCAGGAGAUCUACCAAAGGGCCUUCAAGAGACGUAGUUAUAUUCUUCCAUAACCUAUUAUCUUAGGACUCUAAAAAAAAAAAAAAAACAUUUUAUUUGAGUGUCAAUAUAUUAGCACGAAAGUACCGAUUGGGGACACUAUAUUUUACGUCUCCAACUGGGGACGGGACCGCCAUUUUACGUGGUCAUCCGAGCCACGCGAAGGUCUAGCCUGUUGCAGUGCAAAGGGAGUACCUUCAUUUCUCGGUUAUUUUAAGACCCUGAGUAUUGUUCCGGCCCCACGAAUCGAACCCGCGACCUCCCGCUCUGCAGUCAACACGCUCUACCGACUGAGCUAACACUGCCGCGGUAAAAGGAGGAAACCAAAACGAACUGCUCUUUUCUGAACUUGUCAAUUUUGGAAAGAUACUUAUCAUAUCUAGCAACACUCUUUACUAAAAUGCUAUAAGUAAAAAUAGGUAUAAUCAAACUAUGGAAGAGGUGCUGUAGAAAAGUCUAGACUAUAGCCAGGUUUCUUGCACACUCGUAAUAUGUGUAUACGCCUCCCUGCUUUGCUAAGAAGGGCAUCAAUUUGCUUGUCCCGAUUUGUAGGAUUACUAUGAAGGCAAACACCUAAAAGCUUAAGAAAUUCUUCCUGAUUGAUAUCAAAAGUGAUAGUGGGGAGGGGUCUCUCAACUUUACCCUUAACAACCAUCUCCUUAGUUUUAGUAAGGUUUAUAGUCAUAAGGUUGUCCAGGGCCCAACUGAGUAUUUUGCACUUCUUGGGGAGCUUGGUCCAAGUAUAGUGCCCUAAGGCACACCUCUGUUUAUAGGCUUAAAGGGGGGGUCGUUUCUCUUUGUUGUCUAUUAAAUGAAAAAUUAAUCAUCCAAUUAACAAUGUAGAGAUUGAUGGGCAAUUAUGAAGUGAUUCACUGAGUCAAAAGCCUUGGAGAAAUCAAAGGCAAAAACCCUAACGCCCUAACGCAAUCUUCUCCUCCAGUGUCAAGCCAUUUAAGCCACAUGUGUUGGCUUUUAAUGAGAGCCUCGAAAGUAUUCGUAACUUCCCUAUAUGCAAAUUAAUCUAGCAAUAGAUAGGGUCUAAUUACAGGCUUAACUUCUUAACUUAAUUUGAAAGCAAAGAGAAUUCAAACCUUAGAAAAUGCAUUCAGUACUUAGGACACCAUUCCAAGGCUACAUGCCAAAAAUCAGCCAAAUCGAUGAGGUACCCGGUGUCAGGCCAAAGUUCGAAUUUUACAGAAAAUCACUCUUAACACUUAGAUCUACAGUUUCGCAUAGGUUAAUUGGUUUAAGCCUUUAAGCGUUAACAAAGUUUUUUCCCAAGCAGGGACGUCUAAAUCCAUGGAAGUUUAAGACGUAGAUUUUUUUCCUUUUAGAAACCUUUGGCGCAACUUUCAGGGACGUUGUCGGAGGCUCGCAUCUUCACUGCAGAUACUUGUAAGAUUUUAGUAUUAAAAUGCCUGACAACAGUUAUUAACAGCUAACCGUUUAAAGGGGCUACGUCGCGGGGAUGUGUUGCUGUAAAGUUCAGUGCGUUUACCCAUACACAAAAUGCUCCUUUAGAGUUAAGAAUUUCAUCAGGGAGCACUUAUUAUGAUCGUUUUUGGGUGAUUUUUGCAUAAUAGCAUUAAAACGUUAUUUCAAGUUUCAAGCCAUGUUUAUGCGCUGGUUAUCCAUAAAAAACAGACGAUAGGCAACAGCUCCAAUGCGUAAAUAUAGUCAUAAAAGACAAAUCUGGACCAUUAGCGGUUAUAGAAUUCGAUUGAUGCGAAACCUGAUCGUUUUAGAUUUUCAACUGAGAGAUGGGAAAUAGCACAACUUAGCCCCUUUAAGCCCUGGUUAACAUGCAGUUUGAACAUAUUUUAAUCUUUUAGUUACCUUUUUUGCUAGGGCUGUCUGACCUUGAGAACGAUGAAGCAUUUAAAGGUUUCAAGUCUGAACACGGCCUAUUGGAAGUAAAACAACCUGGUGCCUAUUACAUCUAUGCCCAAGUGUUUUUUGAAAUCUACCAAGACGGCCCUGAAUAUCACAACCGUGUGGCAAUAACUGUAAAUGGCGAACCAUUUGCCUUGAUGCAAACAGGCCUCGGAAACAAAGCUGACUAUGGCAGCGUUUACACAGGUGGAGUUAUCCGGCUGAAAAAGGGCGAUAAGAUCGGCUUGAAAACCGUUUACGAAAGCAGGUUAUGGCUGUCAGCUAAACAUACCUUCCUCGGUGCAUAUAAAAUUUGA